GUUUUCAGCUGGAAAGCUUACAGUGCGCGCGCGCACCUAGUGUUAUUGAUAUAUGACCAAAACUAUGGAUUCAGUAAAAUUACCGUAUGAGAUUCACGCCUCGGAAGAUCUAGGAAGGUACCUGGUAGCAUCAAGAGACUUGUCACCUGGCGAUAUUGUAAUAGAAGAGUCUCCAAUAGUAUUUGGUCCCAAAGCAAUGGCUGACCCGGAAUGUAAAAUGCCUUGUGUGGGCUGUUAUAAGCCCAUCUUUACGGAUGUUGGUGAACGAUGUUCCAAAUGUGGCUGGCCAGUGUGUUCUGGCAACUGUCCGGGCCUCACAGACCCAAAACAUCAUGGCGUGGAGUGUCACAUACUGAGUUCAAGGCCGCACUGCGUUUUGGAUAAUAUGGCUGAAUACUACAGACAUGACGCACUUCUGCCACUCCGCUGUGUUCUACUACAAAAAAUUGAUCCUGAGAGAUGGAAACAAGUGAUGAGCAUGCAAUCACAUAUGGAGAGUAGAGCGCCUGGCACUGAGGCUUAUGAUCUGAUUGCAGAUGGCGCUGCAUUCGGUAUCUAGGAGAUUUACCUAUACAGCAAGUAACAGCUGGCAGCAGCAGCUCAUGUAUAAAUCUUCUGUGCCAGUGUUUCUCAUUUAACUCCUAAGCGGACAGAUUUUGGUGAAUUUUUUAUGAGUCAAUUGGAGUCGAGAAUGAUUUACAUUAUUAGAUAUAUUUUGGUAUUAAAGACGUGUCUACUAG